ACAAGAAAAGAUACAAAACCAAAUGGAAAAAUACGAAAUUGAUGUACGCCGAACCUUACCAAAGCACGCUUCAGAUCAAAUCGAUAGGUAUAUGAAGUUAACUGAUUUCAAGGACUAUUUGUCAUUGGUGAACAUUUCAACAUCAGUGGUAACAAUACGGAAUAACAAUUCGGAUGUCAGAAUCGGAGAAGACGUCAUAGUCGACAUUGAUUUGUACGACGGGAGAGACGAGCGAUCAACUCGCGGAGGUGACAUGCUCAGAGUGUGGCUUCGAGAACCUUCCCGUCAUGCUUCUGUUUCUGGAUAUGUAAUCGACCAUGACAACGGAUCAUAUACAGGAGUUGUGAAACCUAUGUGGGCUGGUAAUCCAGAGUUGAUGUUUUCUAUUGGUAAUACGAAGGAACAUAUUGGAAUUUUCAUGAAUAUUGUGCAUAAAUAUGGUGUAAUCCAGUUUCUUAGAGCUGGAUUUAUAAAGGGAAAAUUAACAGAGUCAACGUUAUGUAGCGUCAUACCAAACAUUCCGAAUGUAACAGAUUACUGCAACUUUACAGCCCAGAACUUCAAUAUGUCCUUUUUCUGUGGAAAGCCAAAACAGAUGAACUGUGGAGACUGGGCCGUAUAUGAAAGAUCUUCUAAGAUUCCCAGAAAUGCGAAGCAUGCAUCCCUUUUUGCGGACUAUAAGUAUUUCAGUAAAAAGGUAGGAACGCUGAAGGUAUUAGUUGGUCCUGGUAAUACAGGAGAAUCGGAUAUCCCCUGUCAUGACGUCAGCAGUAAUCUAACUUGGUACACAACUAACCCGACUGGCUACUUCUACAAUGGUGAAUGGCGGUCGUUAAUCUGCAAACCUUCAAUCUCAUGGAAGUAUGAUUCAUAUGCCAAAUGUUUAAAGAAUCGACCGGUACUCAUGACAGGUGACUCCACCACAAGGAAUUGGUUUUCACCUUUAGCCGCGCUGUUAAAGUUGCGCAUAUUUGUUGGACGUCACGAAAUAAAGGACAAAGCAUGGCAGAAAUUUGCUGAAGCAGAAAAUAAAAACAAAUCUUUAUGGAUGUAUUGGACACCGCACGAAAUCCCUUUCUACAGUUACGAACAAAACAAAAACAACUUCCGGUCUGUAGCAUCAAGGAUAGACGAUUUACCUGGAAACAAAAGCGCCAUCAUCAUAUUACAUUGGUUCGGGCAUUUGACUAGAACGACUCCGAAACAGUAUAGAGAUCAUGUAACAAGUGCCAAACAUGCUGUAGUGCGUCUUUUGAAACGUUCUCCUCAUUCUAGCAUUUUGAUAAAGGGUCCACACUCUUUCACAUACCAUGAAUUUCAAGAACCCUUCGACUAUAUAAGUAGAAUAUACAGGCAGAUUCUGUUCGAGGAGUUCAAAGAUUUACAAGAUAAAGUAUAUUUUAUCGACCAAUGGGAUGCAACUGUUGGGAACGAGAAUUUAGACAUACACCCCAAACCUUCAUUUGACAAAAUUAUGGCCAAUUUUGUGUUUUCUUUUAUUUGUAAAUAAUGAUCUAACUAAGUUUUGAGGAUGUUUAGUUCUCAGGUAGAUCCAGUGUAACAUUAUAGGUACAGUAUUGUAAUUUAAUGUAAGUGAAAUUUCAAGAUAGUCUCUUUAACCACAGGGGUUCUUGACCAAUGAGUUGAUGCAUGGGAUGAGUCAUAUAUAUAUGUUAAUUCCUAUGUAAGACCAAUCGCAUAUGUUAUGUUACGAACCUCUGUGUUUUAACUAUGUAUUUAUUGUAUAAUGGUAAGUUAUAUAGACUAACAUCCUGUUUUAAUCGCAUUAAUUUUGCAUCCUUUAUUAUGUUUGUUAAUAUAGCGCUAUUUUUUUCUAUAUCAGGGAAGGACAUGGGGUUAACAAGAGGCAAUAGGGCCAAAGCAUCUGUAUGUGUAGUAAUCGCUUAGAAUAAACCACAUGCGCCUAUUCCAGCUUCAUUAGCCAAUUUUCCACCACAAGAUGGACAUAAAUCAUGUUCAGUUGAUUUUGCCGAUAUUUUCAUUAUUUGGUCAUCACCCUACCUCCUUUCCAUGACCUUCUUCUGUUAUUUUGAUAAAUGCAGAUUUUGAUACAAUGUCCAUGUAUACAAUUUUGUCGUUAUAAGUAUGUAUUUCGUACCGUGCACUAUAUCGCUCAAUUAUUGUAGUUGCGCCCAGUAAAUGAGUGAAAAGGUCAACUAAUCUCGAAGAAAAGUAGAAUAAUCUCUAACAAAAAUCAAUAUUGCCUUAUAUGGAAAUUGGAGGUAAGUUUGGAAACGCGGAAUCUAUAAUAGACCGACAGCAACUUCGGUUCGGCAGCUUGACAAAGUAAAGGGGGAGGGGGGUAUAGGAAAACUAUUGAAAUGACAUUGAGAAAAAGAAAAUAUGAUAAUUUUCCAUUAAUAUCAUGUUUUACUAUAAUGAUAGAAUAAAAGUAAUGUUAUUUACUCAUUGUAUCAGAGGGAAUAAUUACUUUAGUACUCAGAUCAUUAAUAUUUUCAUUGUUGUUAGGCUAGCUAUAAAUUUGGGAUUAGUGUUAUCAUAGUAUCAGAGGGACUGGUUACCCGGAUAAUUCCCUGUUAUUUAAGAAAUAAUUAACGAUGAUUCGUGUAUUAUUGCAGGAUAUACAACGAG